AUGUUAACAGGGCAUCUCACGUCCCUCCCUGGUACCGAAGCAGCUCAUCAGCUGGUGGUAUGCGUCAGAAACAAAUGCACGCCAGAAGAAGCCCUUAACGUAUUACGGGAACUCCCGAACCCGUUGCGCGACGGCGACGCUGCGUCUACGCACGCGGCCCCGUACAACCCUCUUAAGAUUGACGUCUUCGUACAAACACUGUUGAAUUUGGGCAGCAAGAGUAUAUCGCACAGUUUCGCCGCUAUAUCCAAGUUUCACUAUGUGUUUAAGAUUCUAGCGGAGUCUGAGGAAGCCCAGAUCUGCGUGCUUCGCAAUGUUUGGGAAUUGUGGCAACGCCAUCCGCAAAUGGUUUGCGUACUGGUGGACAAGAUGCUCAAGACGCAGAUAGUCGAAUGCAGCGCCGUGGCCACAUGGCUGUUCUCGAAGGAGAUGGCGCCGUACUUUACGCACUCUUGUCUCUGGGAAGUACUCCACCUGACCAUAGACAAAAUGAACAAGCACGUGUCGAAACUCAGUAAAGAAUUGCAAGAAGCCAGAGAGGCAUUAGCACGUGCUGACUCGAGCAGCUCAGACUCAGAAGACGAAAGCGGCAGCAAGAAAAAGAAAGAUCAGGAUAAACCGACAGAAGAGGCGGUGGAGCGCAUGGAGGAACGUCUCGAGAUGGGCCACACUGACCAGAAGCGGCUCUUCCUCAUCGUUUUCCAGCGGUUCAUCAUGAUACUGUCGGAGCAUCUGGUGCGAGCUGACACAGACGCUAGAGAUCCUCUCACUCAUUGGUACACCAGCACUAUUGGGCGACUUACGCAAGUGUUUCUGCUGCAUCAUGAACAAGUCCAGAAGUACAGUAGUACCUUGGAGACGCUCCUCUUCACUCAAGAUUUGGACCCUCACAUCCUAGACGUGUUCCACCAGUUCCUGGCACUCACAGCGUAA